UUCCGUUGUGCUUUGUUUCCAUGAAAAAAAAUUCUCUUUUCCGUUGUCCAAGGCGAAGACAAAGGCAAAGGCAGGCAAACCCGAUUUAUUCUUCUCCACGGCAAAAACAUUCAAUUAUUUGUGUGGCAACGACAAAUUACACAACAAAAUCCUCUUUGAUGAUUUGAGAGAAAUUAGGGUAAAUUAAAUAAAUCAGUAUGGCGGCCAGGUGACAGUCUGCGGGUAGAACGGAAGCGUAGAUAUGUAAAGCAAUAGACAGUCUUUUGAGUGUAAUCGAAGGGAAAAAUUUGAUGGCCAAGUGGAAAGCCCGAUUCCUGUCGAGACGGCCAACCAGUCGCUGCAAAAAAGUUAUUCUUUUAAUAUAAUAGUUUGCAUCAAUCUCCCCUUUGCUGUUGGAGGAAGCAAAGAAAAAGUAUUGGGGAGCUUCUGGCACUGGCACUGCCUCAGUCUCUAUGCCUGCUACCUGAGCUGGCUGUGGGGUUGUCAUGGAAUCAUGGCAAAUGGGUCGGUACCAGCAUUAGCAUUGGCAUUGGGAUUGAACUCUUUUGCCCAACAGAUCUGAGCUCGUUUUGGGUUUGAAUGGUUUGCUCGUUCUGCACAAUGUGGGUUGUUUCUUGAGCAUUGCAAGAGGGGAAGAGGGGUAAUAGGGGAUUUUGCAGGCAUUGCUAGAUGGGCUGGGUGAAAGAGGUCCUAGUGGUAGUGCUAGUGAUCAUUGGGGUAGUGAAUGGGGAGCCCUCUGGAGAUAAAAAGGCUCUGAUUGAUUUCAUGGACAGUGUUCCCCAUGGAAGAAGACUCAACUGGAAUGCCAACAGUUCGGCUUGUGACUGGGUAGGAGUGAUUUGCAAUGCUAAUAAGGAUCGAAUCUGGACGCUGAGACUGCCUGGUGUGGGGCUUUUUGGGCAGAUACCUGAUGCUACUCUGGGUCGACUUACUGAGUUGAGGGUUCUAUCUCUGCGCUCCAAUCGGCUCACUGGAGCUUUGCCCAAGGACCUGUCGAAUCUGAAGGUGCUGAGGAGCCUCUAUUUGCAACAUAACUUGCUGUCUGGGCCGUUGCCUGAUGGGCUGUCUGCUUGGGUUCGGUUAGGUCAUCUGGAUCUCUCAUUCAACCGAUUCAGUGGUUCUGUUCCAUUUACUUUCAACAGUCUCACACGCCUCACGGUUCUUCAUCUCGAGAACAACUCAUUCACGGGGAGUUUGCCCAAUCUGAACCUCCCCAACUUAACGGUUUUCAGCGUUGCUAACAAUCAUCUCAACGGUUCGAUCCCGACUUCGUUGAAAAAGUUUAACAGUUCUUCAUUUGAGGGCAAUGUGGGGCUGUGUGGGAAGCCUUUGAAAGAGUGCCAAUCGUUUUUCCCGCCCGCUACUGCCCCCUCCGCACUGACCGGCUCUCAUAAGUCCAAGAAAAAGCUUAGUAAGGGUGUCAUUGCGGCUAUUUCAGUGGGCUCUGCUGCGUUCAUCUUCCUCUUGUUGGCCUGCUUGUUUUUAUGUUACAGUAAAAGAGAAAGGCGCGAGAGGCCAAGUCCAGAGAAGGCGCAGAAGGCGGGGGCGCCGACUGUAGAGAAGGGGGGGCCUUCAGAGUACAUGAGCUCUGGUCAGGAGGCAGAGCGUAAUAAGCUUCAGUUUUUUGAGGGAAGUCAGUAUACUUUUGAUUUAGAAGAUCUGCUUCGCGCUUCUGCAGAGGUGCUGGGGAAAGGAAGCGUUGGAACCGCUUACAAGGCGGUGUUGGAAGAUGGGACUACUGUUGUGGUUAAGCGGUUGAAAGAUGUCGCGGCCAACAGAAAGGAUUUUGAGCAGCAGAUGGAGUUGGUGGGAAAGAUCCGACAUAGGAAUUUGGUACCCCUAAGAGCCUUCUACUUCUCCAAGGAUGAGAAAUUGCUCGUCUAUGACUUUAUGCCCUCCGGUAGCUUAUCCGCACUCUUGCACGGUAGCAGAGGUUCAGGGCGAACACCUUUGGACUGGGAGACUAGGAUGCGGAUUGCUUUGGGUGCAGCAAGAGGCGUUUCCCAUAUCCAUGAAGAAGGUGGAGGCAAAUUCACCCAUGGAAACAUUAAAUCAUCCAAUGUCCUGUUAACCAGUGAAUUAGAUGCCUGUGUCUCAGACUUUGGUCUUGUGCCAUUGUUUAGUUCUGCUGCUGCUGCAAAUCGGAUUGCUGGUUACAGAGCUCCAGAGGUCGUCGAAACUCGCAAGGUCACUCAAAAAUCUGAUGUUUAUAGCUUUGGUGUGCUGCUUCUAGAGCUACUAACUGGGAAGGCUCCAAACCAAGCAUCUCUCAAUGACGAAGGCAUCGAUCUCCCAAGAUGGGUACAGUCUGUGGUGAGGGAAGAAUGGACAGCAGAAGUGUUUGAUGUUGAACUAAUGAGGUACCAGAACAUUGAAGAAGAGAUGGUCCAAUUGCUGCAAAUUGCAAUGGCUUGUGUUGCUACAGUCCCUGAUCAGAGACCCAAAAUGCAGGAGAUUGUUAAGAUGAUAGAGGAUAUGAGGCAAUUUGAAACAGAUGAUGGGAACAGACAAUCCUCUGAUGAAAAAUCAAAAGACUCCAAUGGACAAACUCCUCCACAGCAACAAGCACCAUCAGAAGCCCCAACCCCAUCAGCAAUUACACCCUAGAUAGACACUCAUUGUUUUAUAUAUGCAGCUUUUUCCCUUGUUGGUGGUGAUUUAUUUGUCCGGUAUUUCAAACUGUAAAAAUCUCAACUACUGUGUUUUCUCACUUUGGAAUCAGUCUUCUUCAUUAUCAUUUCCCCACUACUCUUGCAGAGAUAUAGAGCAAGAACAAUUGUGGGUGAUCUAUCUUCAAGCAUUCUUGAAAUGAACUCCAAAAUUGUGCAUUUGUUUGAAAUUACAAAAGAAAUGCUGCUGGCUAGCAGCUAGCUAGAUAUUGUCAUAGACUAGAUAGACUCUUCAAUUUUUUCUAUUACAAUGGACGAGUUGUACCUCAGCUGCAUUCCAUAUAUUUUAUGGCAAAACAAAUAGUUCAACAUGUGUGCUGAAAUGUUGUAUCAUUGAA